AUUUGAUAAAAAUUGGCUUUCGAUAAACUCGAGGAUUUUAAGGUCCUCGUGGCUUUCCUUGUCAUCCCAGUGUAUCAAACUGAUAUUUCUAUAAUUUUGCGGAUAAUUUUUAUUGAAUCCGUGUAUUCUGCGUUGAUUUUCCUCAUUCCAUCUAAUUUUAAAAGUGAGAGAAACAUAUAUUUCCAUUUAUGCAAGUCUGUCGUCAAGGAUCAUUGAUACUGUGUAGGAAAAUCAUGGAAAAAAUUAUCCCGAGAGUUGAGACCGAUAACGAGCUGAUUACCACAUAAAUCAUCUCCAUUUUUCUCCUGCAAAUCACAAACUCCAAUUACUCUCUCAAUUUAAUCUCUCGUUAUCCCCACAAAGUGCAGCAUUCUCAAGACAUUGCUCCUUCAAUGAAAAUUCUUUAAAUAUCUACACAACACAAAUAAUAAUGGGAAAAGUCUUGUUUUUUUCUUCGCUUUCAACGAUUUUUCUCAUUAUUCAGGCAGUGCCUCACGAUCGAAUCUCAAUGAGUAAUUCAAACAUAUUAAUUAACAGCGGAGAAAUAAAAGAAUGGAAUAAGAGCUACGAAAACAGUCGACCUUGGACUGAGAAGCUACAUCGAAAUGAGAGAAAAACCGAUGAAAGCCCUCAAGGUCCUUAUAACUCAAAUAGUAACUCCCGUUACGUUGAAUUAGCACUUGUAGUUGAUAACCAACAAUACAUCUUUCUGGGGCGAAACCUCACGAAAAUCCAUCAUCGGUGCAGAGACCUGGCAAAGAUCAUCAACAGUUUAUACGAACCUCUGAACAUCUUCGUAGCUCUAGUGGGUGUUGAAGUCUGGGCCGAAAACGAUCCAAUAGACAUCACCUCAAAUCGUCAAUCAACUCUGUUGAAUUUUUUACAUUAUCGUAAAGAUAAUCUCACAAGGAAAAUUCCAAAUGAUUACGCGCAUUUACUGACUCACGUUGGAUUUGAUAACGGAGUGGUUGGAAUGGCCCUGAAAGGUACCAUCUGCACCAACGAUUUUUCAGGUGGAAUCACUCAUGAACAAUUGGAUGUUAAAUUAACUGCAUCCUUGAUUGCCCAUAUGAUGGGCCACAAUCUUGGGAUGGAGCAUGACUCCAGGAAUUGCAGCUGUCCAGAGGAGAGAUGCACUAUGUCAUCGGAAUUUGGUAUAUCAGCUCCAAGGCACUGGUCCUCUUGUUCAAAAGACUCUUUGGCAUUUGCAUUCAAUCAUGGAAUGGAUCACUGUCUCCGUAAUAAACCACUGAUGAUUUUUGGUGGUCCAGUAUGUGGCAAUGGGUUUGUGGAGUCUGGAGAGGAAUGCGAUUGCGGUGUAAAGGAACAUUGUGACAAUGCUUGUUGCAAUCCUGACAAUUGUACGUUGACGAUUAAUGCUACCUGUGCAACUGGUGAAUGUUGUGAUUUGUCAUCGUGCAAGUGGAAAAAUCGAGGCACUCCUUGCAGAACAGCUGACAAUGAGUGUGAUCUAGCUGAGUAUUGCACAGGCAAUAGUGAAUAUUGUCCUGAUGAUGAACACAAAAUUAAUGGAGAUGUCUGCAAAGUGGGAGAGGCAUUCUGCUAUCAGGGAAGGUGUAGGUCCCGCACUGAUCAGUGUAAAGUUCUUUGGGGCGAGGGUAGCUUCUCUGAGGAUUUCUGCUAUAAUUUGAAUAAGAAAGCCUCGAGGAGAGGCAAUUGUCGAUACGAUUCAAUGAACUCUAGUUAUUAUCCAUGUGAUGAUGAGGAUAUUCUCUGUGGAAGGCUACAGUGCCAUUCUGACGGAAAUUCAUUGCUCUUUGGUCUCGAAUCUGCAGCUGUAAUUAGUCACUCUUUUUUAAUGAAAAAUACGGAAAUGGUAAAAUGUCGAGCGGCCAUUAUAGAUCUUGGGUUGAAUGAUCCGGAUCCGGGGCUGGUGCCUCAUGGAGCUCAAUGUGGAGCUGGAAAAAUGUGCCUGAAUCAGAAGUGCGUGGCGGUUUAACUAGACGAGAAUUGGAAAAUUUACAUUCAAAUUUAUGAACUCUGAAGAUGGAAAAUUUAUUCAUUCGCUCAAAUACAAAUU